AUAUGCGGAUGAGGCAAACUGCUGGGACCCGUUUCUGAUUGAGUGUUGUUGUUUACAGUAUGUCAGUGUUGUUAUUUACUGGUGCGUCAGCAGCAAUGGGCUUUUAGUGGCAGCGUGUCCGAAACAAUGGGACACUGCAGGCCGAUUGUUUGUGUCUUCGGUGAGAUAAUGGGUGAUGUAGUGCUCAGAUAAUAGACACAGCUUAUCCAUCUUCUAUGUCUUAUGAUGCUCACCGUGUUUGAUGAAGCCGGCCUGAUUCACAACAAGUUACUUUACAUCUUAAGUAUAUAUUUUCUUGGUUUUAAACAUGAUGGAAUUGCCUUUUCAAUACUGGAAAUUCUGACAUGUGCCAUUAUGUCACAGAAUACCACCAGCAGGAGCUGCUGUAGAUGGAAAGAAAGACAACAUCAACUGCAGGAUCAGAACAAUUAGUAGUUGAUGUCAAAUUCACGAAACGUGAACUUAUCCCAGCAGUCAAAUUGGAGCAGAAGAAGAUUACCAUGACAACACCCCCUGACACUGUCCCCUGCACCGCAACAGUAUCAGAAGAUGAAGCCAAGGAAAUCAAGAACACAAUUGUGGGUGAAACGAGUCCACUGGGAGAGGACGAAUCGGGCAGCAAGGGUGUGCCCCGAACCAACGGACAUAUUAUGGAAACCAGUGAGGAAGAGAAGCCAGGCAGCCGGCCAUCGGUCCAAUUCGCCGAGCUGCCGCAGAAAACAAGUCCUGUUCACGUAAUGGAGUUUUUCGAGGAGCAAGAAAAAUCGUUACAGGAACAGUUCAAGUCGUUGCCACCGCACCGACCGAGGAAACAUCGGCCGCCGGUGCCCACUCUGCUGAGACAGAGCGUCGGUCUCGAUCACCUCGACAACCUGGUCAGACUGAUGGAACAGCUCGCGCUGCUGAGAGACGAGAAUUCCCAUCUGAAGAAGCGCUGUGCCUACCUGGAGAGUACUAAAGAUCUUCUGCAGGUAAAGAGCUCCAUGAUGGAGGAGACCGUGCCUGUAGGGUACAUGUCACUGCCGACCGUGAAAACCAUUAAACCACGCUUGAAGAAAUCCAACACCGAUCCAGAGUCUAAGGAGGAGAGAGAGAAAUGGAUGGGUCGAGAUCGCCUGCCCAGCGCAGAGGAUGUCGACUUACUCGAUUUCAUAGAAUCAACUUCAGACCAGAGUCCAAAGAGACCCAGACCUGGGCCUUUACACAAGAGAAGUUUUUCAACAGGGUCGUUAGAAGUCCCUUCAGAAAUCUUUGAUGACUCCGAACAUGUGCGUAGAAAAGGAGGUAUUGUGAAAUCCAAAAGUGCCAAAGAAGGUAAGACUUUCAAGACGAAAUCCAAGUCGUCGAAAAGUUCUAAGUGGGCCCGAGUGAAGAAAGUGCUAACAGGACAGAUUCUUUACGAGGACUUGGGUUUCAGUUUUAAAUCAUUGAAAGAGAUAGGAAAAGGUGGACACUUCAGGUAUCAUUCUUCAACCUCGCCCCAGGAGCUGAGUCCACCGACCCCGAGGUUUCUGGAGAGUAGAUCGCUGGACAGCGGGGUCAGCAGUAGUCUCGAUGUGGAUGGACACGGCGGUCCACGAACAUCGACGUCUUCUGCUGAACCUGCUAGUCCGGGCAGGUCUCCGAACCAGACAGAAGACAAGGAGGAGGAACUGUCCACAGACAUCUGGAUGGGUCCCCCGGAGUGGAUAGAACAGCAUGAGCUACAGAAGAUCAGCGGGACCUCCACCCCGAGCGAUGAGAUGACCACCGUCAUUGAACUGAAAAGCCAGUAUGCCGGCAAGGACGGGGACAGGUACUUACGCGUGAAGCCCCUUCCUCGCAGACAGUCUAGUCCCUCGCUGGGUGGUCACGACGAUGAUGAGGAGGAUCUGGACGAGUUUGAUGAAACCCUGGACCCGUCGGGAGAGAGACAGCUGCACAGGUCAUCUAGCUACAAGGGGAUGGAUUCCGACUCCACCGUCAAAGACGAUGAUGUGAUGAUGGUGACUAAAUCCGGUGAGCGAGAGUCAAAGAAGCUCCACAAAACACCAUGGAGCAGGGUGAAGGACAUGAUCCACACGCGCAAAGACAGUUUAAAGAAGAAGAAACACAAAGGAGGUGACUUAGAGCUCAGUGAGUCAUCGGAAAUAGAUAUCGAUGAUGAACAUUUACGAAGCGACAUGUUUGGUGAAGGCGUCAUGAGUCGGUCCACUCCUAAAACAUCUCCAAUAGCGAUUCGGCAGCGCAGCUCCAAGAGUUGCAGUGAGUCACCGCCAGGGGCCCAGGCCAAGACAUCACCAACGAGGCCAAUCUUUUCAUUAGGAAGUCCAGCCAAUAUGGAUGUUGCUGCUCUCAUAGCAACUGGAGUAUCUGAUGAAUAUAUGAAGAAACUACAGGAAUGGGAAGAGUUGAAAACCCGGAGGUCUCUGCCCUCACACAAAGCAGCCAUCCAGGAGGAGACUGAUGGAGCUUCUGGUCAGGAUAGCUCCUUUCUAUCUCAGGAGUCCAUGGCACGGACCGGAAGUGACAAGUCAAAGGGCAGAGGUUCAUUGCGGCACGGUGCAGGUCAUGACAGUUCUGAAGAGGAAUCUGCAGAAGGUGUGACCACGCCCGGUGAGCCAAUGAAUGCUGCCGCCAACGUGGACGAAAUUCAGCACCGAAUCACUGAGAGUUUCAGCCGAAAACUCCAGGAGUGGGAACGGAGGAAAUACCGAAAGGACCCCGGGAGUCCUGAGAUAGAAAGAAAAGGAACGAAGUUACGGAAGGAAGAUCGACCAAAGAGCAAGAAGUCACGUGAGGAGAAGGAGAAAGAGAAGCUGGAGAAACAGCGAGAAAGAGAGAUACAGAAGGUCGAGAGAGAGCAGGUGAAGCUGGACAAAGAAAAGAUGAGACUGGAGAAGGAAAGGCUUCGCGCACUGGAACGGGAGGCCAAGCUGGAGAAGAUGAAGGGUCGACUGAGCCAGUCGGACGUUGACACUAGCUUCAAGAACCCCAUUCUCAGCCCUCUGGCAGAGUAUAAGGUGACAGCAGAUUUCGCACACAAACUUCACGAGUGGGAACUGAUGAAGGGACUUUCGCACGACAUAUCAACAGCCAUCUAUCUGGAGGCACAGAAGCGCAGCCUGCAGCAAGGCAAAGAAGAGCUGAUGGCCAAGCAGGAGUUGUCUCCCUCACAGGACGAGGGGGCGGCAGCGGGUGAAAGCAAGUCGAAGAAACCUCCACCCCUGAUGCUGACCCCGUACUGGGAUUCACCGGAAGACACGUCUCCUGUGGAGAAAACGUCCGAGGUCAGCAUCGGGGACGAAUCCAGUAUUACAGACGGCAGUAUGACCAAAACCAACAUUGCAAGUAGUGAGAUAUGUGCACCAGUGUGUGAUGUGUUAGCCGCCCCGGCCGCGUCUCACCCGUCCCACCCGUCUCACCCGUCUCACCCGUCUCACCCAUGUGAUGAUGAUUUUGACAGCCUGGAGCGAGCCAACCAGCAGCUCCUGGAGCAGCUCAAGCUGAAGGAAUUCGAGUACGCCUCUGUGCAGGAUGAGGUCAAGGAUCUCAAUGAGAAGCUUAUCAAGGUCAAGGACGGACACUCCGUGGAAAUGGCCAAGUACCGGACAGAGCAUGCAGCGAGUGGCCGGCCAUUACCAGUGUCAGUGGGCCAGCUGGAGACGACAGUGACAGACAUGGAGGAGAAGAUUCAACAGUUGGAGAUCUUUGGCGAGAAGCUUGCUGAAAGCAUGGAGAUAGCUGCUAUUGGCAAGUGGCAGAGUAUCGAGGGUGAAGAGUCGGUGAACGUUCAGCUGAUGGAUUUGGUGGAGCAGAUGAGAAUUAUGCUGGUGCAGGCAUCACAAACAGAGGAAGUGACUCUAAAAUCAACAGCACUGCACAACUUCGAGAAGCUGUAUAGCCAGGCAAUGCAACUACAAGUACAGAUGAACAACCUGCGCCUGAGUCAUCUGCAGCGUAACAAGGAGAUAAUGGAGAUCAAGCGCCAGCUGCUGCUACAGGAGGUGAACAAUCUGAUGCUGCAGGCCGACAUCGCGCGCCGCGAGACAGAGCUCCACCAGCUUCACGCGCGUGAUGCCAAGAGACACCCUGGGACCGUCCGGCGCUGGAACACAUUCAGUGGGGGACAGAGCUCCACUGUGCAAGUGCCUGACGUUCCGCAGGAAUCGGCUGAACAUCCACCCACCGAGACGUUUGUUAGUGUGAAAGAGACAGAGGCAGCCGCAGGUGACCGUGAACCACCAGAUAAAUUAACGGAUCUUCCCUUAAUUACAGAUUUGGAAGAACCUGAAAAGGUAGAAGAGAGACAAGAAGCUGACCAGGUAUCUGGUGGUACAAUGUCACCUGCUGACACAAAUGGCAUCACUCAUUCCAGGACGACCGACGUAGCAUUAGGGCGUACAGAAAAAGUUUCAAGAGACCAAAGCGGCACUGUAACUAAGAAGAUGGGGAAGAAGAAGAGCUUGGAACGCAAGACUGCAGUUCAAGACGACGAUGACCAGACGACUCCAAGUCUGCCGUCUGCCCGGGUUUCUCUACCUCCGAAGGAACAACCACCAUCACAGGGCAAAGAUGAUGUCUCUGGAGUGGAGAAGGGGUCUCCCACUCUAGACACAGAACCAAAAAAACAGAGUCGGCCCGAAGACACCGAGCAUAAGGACGACUCUUUUGAAAAAAAGACAGAAAAACCCAGAACUGAGACCCCCAAGAAACUCAUUCCAGAGCAGGUUAGAAGUUUGGACAAACCCAAGCUUGUAAAAUCUGCGCCAAUUGUCGAUGACGAAUAUUCCCCAACCGAAACUGUGAUGAAAUGUACAGAGUCUGACGAAGUAGAUUCAUAUCAACAAGAAGUGCAGAGUGAUUCUGUAUCCGACGCAACCGAACAAAUUAGAGAUACCACGGACGUAAAGAAAGUUCCGAGUCCUGCAAUGAAAUCUAGAAUUCCUCGCAAGUACGGAGGUGGUAGGAGUCGAACGCAGGACUCUUCUGACAUAGGCAGGUGCACCUCUCCGAAACCUAAAUCAAAAUCCGACCCCACCUGCAAGCCACCUAUACCCCCACAAAGCGCACCAGUGACACAUUCCCCCGUUUUACACGUCCCGUUGGAUCUGAGCACCCGCUCACACAGUGUGGACGAGAUUCAGAAACAUAAGCAUGAUGAUGAUGGUGGGAAACACUCUCAGGAACACAAGGAAACAACUCGCAAGUCGUACGAGUUUCGGCACACACCCAGCCCCACACUGCACGUCGGGGUGGUGUCUGCCGUGAAACGAUUGAAACCUGCCGCAGAACUCCUGGAGGAAAGCCAGCGGUACCGCAGUGGCCAUUCUAUAUAUGCGCAGCGCAUAAUACAAAAAUAUAUCAUGAAAGAUGAUAAAAAACAGGAAGAGAAAUCGAGGAAACACGACAAAGAGAAUAUCUCUGGAAUUUACGUACAAGCAAUGGUGAAGCGACUAUCACGAGAGGGCACACCCAACCGAAGUGUAGAAUCUUCGAAAACAAAUUCCUCGCUGUCGCUACACGGAUCAGAGUCACCGCACUCGCAGUCCGAAUUUGUUUCGCACAUUGUACGCAAGCUCUCCUCUCCCAGUGGACCAGACCAUCAUAAAACAAUUGCUCCCUUGAAAGAUGUAACAAAUGAUGGACACGUCAAGAAAAUGACCGAAGUUUUCGACUCUUCCAACCUGACGGGCGUCCCCGAGCGGGCGAUGUCAGACUCGGAAGUGAAGAAACGCAAAACGGAACGGACACCCUUAGCCCCAACUCAGCGACAGUCGUGCGAGUUGGGCGCUCUGUACCUCGUAACGACGACCACCACCACCCAGGCUGUGACGACCACACACCCACCAAGUUCUGUGAUAACAAGCUCACUGAAACCAGACUCAACUAUAAGCCCAACCAACCAUCAAUCCAUGCCUGCCCUGGGCACCGCGCGGCAGGUGUCAUUCGAGGAGCCACUGCGGGAUCGCUCGGCCACCUACAGUGCCACGAGCGAACACGCGCCGAAACCGCUGCCGUCAUCAUCCACAUUAUCAUCAUCAUCGGGGAAGCGGCCCGACCCUGAGGAAAUCGUAACCCUGUCUCAAGACAUACCAUCAUCAUCAUCAUCAUCACUGCAGCAUGCAUUAGCCCCCCGGGCUCAUUCGGGGAAAACGGUGGCAUUCCGAGAAUCGUCUUCUCCCGGAGAGAAAAGCGGCUCAAGACCAUUAUCACCACGGUUGCACGAACGGCGGGGCAAGAAGAAAAUGGGGACCAUUGGUGUGCUUUGUAAACAGUCCAUGUCAUUUGAUCUCGGUGUUUCACGUCAUGUAACGGAGUGGGACACUCAAGUAGAAGGCAUUUCCUAUAGAAAACAGAAGAGCUCCACAAGCUCCCCCCGCCCCUCUUCGACUAGCUCAGAGGGAGAAGGAGCACCUACCUCGCCAUCAGAUGAAAAGAAACAUUCUCGCAAAGGCUUUCUGGAUUCAAGAUGGCUCCAGAAGCCAAAGAAAUUUUUCAAAGUUUCGAACGGUUGUUGUGAUUUCUCUUAGAUGAACGACAUGACUGGAUAAACGGGUCAGAUAUUCUCAGUAGAUGUUGAGACGCCACGUCUCCAACCAGCUCGAGGCAGUACAUGCCUACACCAGUGGGCAAGGAGGCCGUCCCAGGCCAGGCCGGGCCGAUCCAGCUAAGUGUGUCACACAGUACACAGCCGAUCCAGCCAAGUGUGUCACGCAGUACACAGCAGAUCCAGCCAAGUGUGACACGCAGUACACAGCAGAUCCAGCCAAGUGUGUCACUCAGUACACAGGUGAUCCAGCCAAGUGUGUCACGCAGUACACAGCCGAUCCAGCCAAGUGUGUCACGCAGUACACAGCAGAUCCAGCCAAGUGUGUCAUGCAGUACACAGCAGAUCCAGCCAAGUGUGUCACGCAGUACACAGCCGAUCCAGCCAAGUGUGUCACGCAGUACACAGCCGAUCCAGCCAAGUGUGUCACGCAGUACACAGCAGAUCCAGCCAAGUGUGUUACUCAGUACACAGCAGAUCCAGCCAAGUGUGUCACGCAGUACACAGCCAGGCUGCCAGUGACUCGCAACAUGGAAUCAGGAAGUAAGACACUGCUUACUCUCAGAUGCAGACGGUGCUUAGACUAAGAGGCGUUCCAUCAGGAAAGAUCGCCAGAAGCAGACAGUGUACACACUAAGAGGCGUUCCAUCAGGAAAGAUCGCCAGAAGCAGACAGUGUUCACACUAAGAAGUGUUCCAUCGGCUGUCAAAAGAUAGAACGGGAUGGCCGUCAGUAUGUGCUGGCCAAUACGUAUGCAGUCAUGUCGAACAGUUCCAAAAUAUGGAAAAAAGGGAGAUAAUUUGCCCUGUACAAUAUGAGUGAAAUUCUGAUCCACAAUAAAUCAAAAGGUGGUUUCUCAUUCAUUUAAAUCUAAGAUGAGUAAAAUAAUGAGGUAAAAUUUAAUUUGAAAAAUGUAAAGGUUGUGGAGGGUCGAGAUACAGUAAUUUCUUUACAUUUUUUGUGAAAUCAGAAUUAAUCUAGAACAAACUAUAAUAUGGCAUUUUUAAUUUAAAAACAAAUUAAUAAUAAGGCAGUUGACAUUGAAUUUAGAUUUUAAAAAUUCAAAUACUCUUUGUGCAGGGCUAAACAAUCCUCUUAUAAUGACACAACAUACUGAAAUGGCAUUAUUCUAUAGAAAGUGAAACACAAAUAUGAAAUCUCCAAUGAUAAGGAAUUAUUUUAACACCUAAUACAGGGUUUCACUAAAUUGAAUAAUGGCCAUCAGUCUAACUGGCAUAUAGUGACUAAAAAUAGUUGUCACUGAAAGAGAUAACACUAUGCCCAUGAGGCCUUAAUUUUCAUUGUUUUCAAAUCAGCACUUGGCAUUUAGUCGAGCAGAUGUUCAUUUCAAUAAAUGGUUCAUCCCACGUCUUCACUUCAUAAGUUCCCAUCUUGAUGUUAUCCCUCAGUGGUCAUGGUUGUUGUGAAGCUAUCAGUCACUGGUGCACCAUUGUGAAGCUAUGUCUCAUUGGUCAACUCACACAUUAUCUCUCAUUGGUCAGUUUGUUCCCCUGUCUUUAUCUUCAUUGGCCUAGCUUCAGUCAACAUUUAUUUCCAAGUGCUAUUGUACAGGUGUCAUGAAAUGUCAAAGCACGAUGUUAAUAUUUCCCAGAAAAGAUAAAUGGUGCUGAAUUGUUUGUAAAUCUUUGCUUUAAUUUGUAAAUUUUGUCUUGUUAAAAAGGGAGAUGUGCAUAUUGCACAUGUUAAAUUCCCACAAAUUCAUGUAUACAUACAACUUCUGUACUGUACAUUAAUGCCAGAAAAUAUCCAUGACCAAAAUGUAUAUUGAAAAUAUGUCUGUGAUACAGUGUAAAAUGGAGAAGGAAGUCUCCAACUGGUUUUAAAUCAGCAUUCUAGUGCUCUGAUCAUGGAGGCAACUUAAAAUAUUUAUGUAAUCCUGAACCUCCUUGUAUGUUAACUUUUAAAAGUAUCUGUUGGUGAAUUCGAGCGUACUGAUGUUAUGAAGCUAGUAAACAAAAGUAUGCAUGUGCAGUGAACAGAACCAUGGUGAUGCAUUUGCUUAAUUUUAACCUAAAGAAAAUUAUUUUUAGUUUUAAAAAUUAUUUUUACAUGGUCGUUUGGUGAAGCAUUUACGUAAUUAAAUUUUCAUAAAAAGAAACUGUAAAAUUUUUAAUUUUUUUUAAAUCACAUCUACCGUAAUAUUAGAAAAGUGCUGAUCAUAUUCUUGAAUUAUUUAUAAAAAAAAUUUCAGUUAUUUGUAACAAAUUAUUUAGUUGUUAAAAAUUAACGAGUCUUGUAUGUACAAACCUCGCUAUAUACUUGUAUUUACCAGACUUGUGUUAAGUAGCUCUAUACAGAACUGCCAACAACAAAGAUGUUCAUUUUGAGAAAGGAAUCAAAAGUUUCAAUCGCUUGUCACUUCACGGCAACCCAGAAAGCUCGAAUUCACAAGUCAACAAUUCAGUGCAAUAUUACCCAGUAUGCAUCAGGGACUUUAUAUUCUUUCUCAAUCUUAAAUUCUUUUCUUGAUCUCAAUGUUUGCUACUCUCACUUGUAGAAUUUACUUCUGUUUCUUCUAUACAUGUAGUCAAUCCUCAAAAAAAUUUCACACCUAUAGUUUCAGCAAGUAAACUCGAUUUGUAUUUAUGAACCCUUAGUGAAAAUUCAGUAUGGACUUUUCUUCUGGCAAGACUACUUAAUAAAACUACUUACCAGAUCAGUGUGCGAUUUUGGUUAAAAAAAAUUUAAAUGCCACAAGGACUCCCGGUUUGCAAAUCUUCAGAGCCCACCACCAACCCAACGAGCUGCACGUUUCCAGUACAACAGAAGAUACACUAUAUGUUUUGCAUAAAACCAAGGAAAAGAUCACUAUUCAAAACUCUGGUAUCCCAAGAUUUUGAGAUAUAUGCUGACUGUCAUUUUGAAAAGUCAAUGUAUUUUGUACAAAGAAUUUUAAGAGCCAUGCAGGCUUGUAUGCUAGCCAAGCUAGAGAGUCUAUGAUUUUUGCGAUCCUCGGGCUCCCAGACUCUCCUCAAAAUCGCACACUGCAGAUAGACUACUUACAAGAUGACAAGUAUUAUUUAUGUAGAUAAAACUAUUAAAACAGGGAAUUUAAUGUUCUCUGUGAAAGGUUUCUGUUAAUAUAUAUAUUAAUAUGUAGACUUGUUCUUCCAUGAUCCAAGUGCCAAACAGUGUAUUUCUGUCUCUACUGUGAUACCCGGAGGUGGUCUAUCACGUGCUGAAUAUUGCACAUCUCUCAGUAAAUGUGUCAAAUCAGAA